UCCAACAAUCAAAGAAGUGGAAAUACUGAGCGUCUUUCCCCUCCACGCAUGGCUGCCUAGUUAAAGAAAACCCAGAAGUUCUGCAGCAGCCUGAAAAGUUCUGGACGCGGAGGUAGACAGGGUCGUCACUCUAAAGGAUGGAUCACUUCAUAAGGAGCAGAUCGCGCAGAAGAAUAUCGCUAUUUAUUUUUAUCAUACUUCAUCUAACAACGGCUCAAACUGCUGAUCCUGUUGAUGUUUUGCGAGUGCUUGGGCUGUCAGAGAGCAUGGAGGGGGUUUCUUUGGAUGCUGGGUUCUGCACCAGCAGGAGGGGCAUGGAGGAGACAGACCUGGCUUACAAGAUCAAAAAGAUCCAGCUCAGCAUUCCCACUAAACAGCUAUUCCCUGAUUCCAGAUUUCCUGUGAAUUUCUCCCUAAUGGCUACUGUAAGAGCCAAAAAGGGCUCCCAGUCCUUCCUUUUUUCAGUGUAUGAUGACCAGGGGGUGCAGCAGGUGGGUCUCGAGGUGGGCCGUUCCCCUGUCUUUGUGUAUGAAGACCAGCAUGGGGAGCCCACUCCACCACUGUAUCCUAUUUUCAGGAAGAUCAACAUGGCAGAUGGAAAAUGGCACAGGAUAGCCUACAGUGUGCUCGACAAGACUGUGACCCUUUACUUGGACUGCCAGAGGGUGCAAACUUUGGAUCUGCUGCGGGGGGACAAUCCUGUGGUCAGCACCGAGGGGGUCAUUGUUUUUGGAACACGUCUGCUGGAUGAAGAAGUUUUUGAGGGAAACAUUCAGCAACUGAUGAUUGCAGAUGACCCCCAGUAUGCUGCCAACUACUGUGUAAACUUCAUACCAGAUUGUGACUUGGCUUUGCCAUACAACGGUCAAACUCUGGACAACCAGAACUCCCAUCUUGAGCUGAUGGAAAGUGACCAACCAACUGAACCAAAUAAUCUCUCUAAAAAGGACAAGAGAGGCAAAAAAAACAAAAAGAAGAGGGACAAAACCUCUAAAGGAAAACGCAAAGGGAAGAGAAAGGGCAAGAAGGGGUCCAGAAAGAAGAUGCAUGAAGAUGAGAGUCCAGAAGAAGGCUUCCACAGAAUUACUACAACACUGCCGGAGUUUCAGUCACAGGAACCUUUCCAGCCCACACAACUACCUCAAACUAAGGGCGACAUUGAAUCUGUUCUUCCCACUGACAUGUUCGACGAGACCAUGGUGAUGCCCACAUAUAAUCCUGACUUCACCUCUGAGGCCCCCACCGUGGUGCCCAGUACACUGCGUGUAUCAAAGGUUACCAAGGAGGCAAUUCCAUCAGUGCACACACCACUUGUGGUGGAGUAUGAACAUGACAUUUAUGGGGAUUUGCAUGAAGAUCUCUCAGUUUCUACAGUAACUGUGGAUUCGAAUACAACUGGUUAUGAGAUUCUCGAAUACGAUGAUUUUUCGAAUGACACACAGUAUGAAGAAUAUGAAAUAUAUGAGGAUGACUUUGACUUUGCAGAACGGGAAAGAGCUCAGACCUUGGAUGUUGAGGCUAUACUCAGAGCAGAGAAAGGCCAGAAGGGAGAGCCAGCUAUUAUUGAACCGGGUUUAUUAGUGGAAGGACCCCCAGGCCUGCCGGGGCUAGAGGGACUUCCUGGGCCAGCCGGACCAACAGGGCCUCCAGGGCCCAGAGGAAAUCCAGGUGAUCUGGGUCCUCAGGGACGCCCUGGUCUUGCUGGGGUAGAUGGGAUCCCAGGUCCUCCAGGAACCCUGCUGAUGCUACCAUUCCAGUUUGGAGGUGAUUCACAGAAGGGACCAGUGGUGUCCCCCCAAGAGGCACAAGCACAAGCUAUCUUGCAACAGACCAAGCUGUCACUUCAGGGGCCUCCAGGUCCACUGGGUCUUACAGGAAGACCAGGCCCAGUGGGUCUUCCUGGUCCAACCGGGCUCAAAGGAGACCAUGGAGACAACGGCCCCACUGGACCCCGUGGGUUGCCAGGACUCCCCGGAAUUAAUGGAAAGCCAGGCAAGAGGGGACGUGUAGGUGUGGAUGGAGGUCGGGGAGCUCCAGGUGAAACAGGUGCAAAGGGUGACAGGGGUUUUGACGGCCUGCCAGGUCUCCCAGGAAACAAGGGACACCUAGGGGACAGAGGAAGGCCUGGUCCUCAUGGCCCUGUUGGAGAGCCAGGAGAGAAAGGGUCUGAUGGACCUGUGGGGCCAAGAGGUCAACCAGGUGAACCAGGUCCCAGAGGUCUUGUUGGGCCAAGGGGGCCACCUGGCCAACCUGGCCAGCAGGGGAUUAGUGGAAUUGAUGGAGUGCAAGGGUCAAAAGGCAACCUGGGUCCACCUGGAGAAAUUGGGCCCCCAGGUCAACAAGGAAAUCCAGGAGUUCAGGGGUUUCCUGGUCCUCAGGGUCCUAUUGGUUUGCCAGGAGAAAAGGGUCCUCCGGGUAAACAGGGCUUGCAGGGACUACCAGGCAUUGAUGGUCCUCCUGGUCACCCAGGAAGAGAGGGCCCCCCAGGGGAAAAAGGCAUCCAAGGUUUAAUUGGCACCCAGGGACCUAUUGGAUACCCAGGCAGUCGUGGAGUCAAGGGAGCAGAUGGGGUUAGAGGUCUAAAGGGGAACAAAGGAGAAAAAGGAGAAGAUGGCUUUCCAGGAGCAAAGGGUGACAUGGGUGUUAAAGGAGACAGUGGUGAUAAUGGUGCUCCAGGUCCUCGUGGAGAAGAUGGACUGGAAGGAUCAAAGGGUCAGUCUGGACCUAUAGGAGAUCCAGGAGCCCCUGGCAUAGCAGGGGAGAAGGGUAAACUCGGGGUACCUGGUCUGCCCGGUUACCCUGGACGACAAGGCUCUAAGGGAUCACUUGGCUUCCCUGGUGUGGCCGGAUCCCUAGGAGAAAAAGGAAGAAGGGGUCCUGCUGGUCAGCCAGGUUCUGGGGGUCAAAGAGGUCCGAAUGGAUCCCGGGGGGGAAGAGGAGCAAGGGGGCCAACUGGAAAGCCUGGAGAAAAGGGAUCAGCUGGACAAGAUGGUCCUCCAGGAUCUCCCGGAGAACAGGGUCCUCAAGGGCCACAGGGUCAAAAUGGAGAGACAGGACCUAAAGGACCCAAUGGUCUACCCGGAAAGGAUGGAUUACCAGGCCAUCCAGGUCAGAGAGGAGAACCAGGUUUUCAAGGCAAGACUGGACCUCCUGGUUCCCCAGGAGUUGUUGGGCCACAGGGGAAAUCUGGUGAGACAGGGCCAGCUGGAGAUAGAGGUCAUCCAGGCUCACCAGGACCACCAGGUGAGCAUGGUUUACCAGGAACUGCUGGAAAGGAGGGUGCCAAGGGAGAUCCAGGUCCAUCAGGAACCGUAGGGAAGAGUGGCCCUGCUGGCCUUAAAGGCUUCAGCGGAAGCAGAGGGACCCCUGGUGGAACGGGCCCUGCUGGUCUUAAGGGUGGAGAAGGGCUACCUGGUGUUGCAGGGCUUACUGGUGCUACAGGAGAGAGGGGUCCUGCUGGGCUCGCUGGAGCAAUUGGCCCACCAGGACGACCAGGCGGUGUGGGCCCUGGUGGGCCGAGUGGAGAGAAAGGCAUGCCAGGAGAGAAGGGAACCGUUGGGCCUACUGGGCGAGAUGGGGAACCAGGACCUGCAGGGUUGCCUGGGAUUGCGGGACCUCCAGGGCCUCCCGGGGAGGACGGAGACAAGGGAGAGCCAGGUGGACCGGGCCAAAAGGGCAGCAAAGGAGACAAAGGAGAAGCUGGACCUUCUGGACCUGUUGGGAUUCAAGGACCUGUGGGCCAACCAGGACCAUCUGGGACAGAUGGUGAGCCAGGUCCUCGAGGUCAAAUGGGCCUGAAUGGACCAAAAGGUGAUGAAGGAUCUAGGGGCCUUAAGGGACCACCCGGUCCCUCUGGAUUACAGGGAAUGCCAGGACUCCCUGGGGAGAAAGGAGAGAAUGGACAUGUUGGUUCAAUGGGGCCUCCAGGACAGCAUGGCCCACGAGGCCCUCAGGGAUCCCCUGGAGCUGAGGGCCCACCUGGCUUGCCUGGAGGAGUUGGUCAGCCAGGUCUUGUUGGAGAGAAGGGUGAGGACGGAGAAGUAGGUGACCCAGGGGCGGUUGGUGAGCCUGGCCUUCCAGGUGCUAAAGGCGACGUGGGUGAAAAAGGCGAUGCUGGUCCUCCCGGUGCAGCAGGGCCUCCCGGAACCAGAGGAACACCAGGAGAAGAUGGACCUAAAGGCAACCUUGGUCCUCUUGGAUUUCCUGGAGAUUCUGGUUCCACUGGAGAACCUGGUGUUAAUGGGGUUGAUGGUUCACCUGGACCCAAAGGAGACAAUGGAGAAGUUGGAAAAACAGGACCACCAGGAGCCUCUGGAGAGCCUGGCCCUCCUGGCCCUCCUGGUCGGAGGGGUCAUGUUGGUGCUGCAGGAACAGAGGGAAAACAAGGCAUGAAAGGAGUAAAAGGAGGCCAAGGAACUCAGGGUCCAGUGGGAAAGUCAGGGCCAGUAGGACCCCAAGGCCAUCCAGGAAGGCCUGGUCCAGAAGGUCUUCGAGGCAUUCCAGGUCCUGCGGGCGAACAAGGUUUGAAUGGACCACCAGGACAAACUGGACCACCUGGGCCAAUAGGUCCACCAGGACUACCUGGAAUAAAAGGAGAUCCUGGAAAAAAAGGAGAAAAAGGCCAUGGAGGGUUGAUUGGUUUAAUUGGACCCCCAGGAGAACUUGGUGAGAAAGGUGACAGAGGCCUGCCAGGAAAUCAAGGUUUGCAAGGAUCUAAAGGAGAUGAGGGUGUGGUCGGUCCAUCUGGUCCAAUCGGCCCCCCAGGUUCACCUGGACUGUCUGGUGCAGCUGGUGAGAAGGGAUCUAAGGGGGAGACAGGCUUUGUUGGUCCCAGAGGAGAUCCAGGACCUGUUGGUCCUCCGGGACCCCCGGGACUCCCUGCAACAUUUGUUCAACCGCUGCCAGUUCGUGAGGGGAGGAGGAAAAGACGAAGGCACUCAGAUGAGGCAGGUGGAGCAAUCUCAUUGAUGGAGGAAGAUGUCCAUUUUAACGCGGAGUUCCUCCAGGGAGAUCAGCCUCUGGAAGAUGUUGAGGGAAUGGAGGAGGUCUUUGCCACCCUCUCUUCCAUGAAGAAUGAAGUGGAGCUCAUGAGAAAGCCUCUAGGAACCUUUGAAAGCCCUGCCAGGACCUGCAAAGAGCUCAUAAUGGUUCAGCCCGACUACAAAGAUGGAGAGUACUGGAUAGAUCCUAACCAGGGCUGUCACAGAGAUUCUAUAAAGGUCUUCUGUAACUUUACAGCCUUAGGAGAAACCUGUCUCCAACCAGACAAAAGGAUUGAGAUGCUUAAAUUAUCAUCAUGGAACAAGGAGAAACCAGGAAGCUGGUUUAGUCAAUACAGGAGGGGCAAAAAGUUUUCUUACAUUGACAGGGGUGGUAACCCUGUGCAUGUAGUUCAGCUGACCUUCCUGAAGCUGCUAAGUGCCACAGCAAAGCAGCGAUUCACCUAUACCUGUCAGAAUUCAGCUGGCUGGUUUGACAGCACCUCCCGCUCCUACCAGCAUGCUCUCCGCUUCCAGGGCAGCAAUGAUGAGGAGUUGACACAAGCCAAGAGUCCCUUCAUUACAGCAGUGCAUGAUGGAUGCCAGUCCCGCAAAGGCCAGGAAAGGACCAUUUUAGAGAUUGUCUCCCCCUCCGCAGAGCUGCUCCCUAUUAUAGAUGUUGCUCCAGCAGACUUUGGCAGCAACAGCCAGAAGUUUGGAUUCCAAGUUGGACAAGUAUGCUUCAAUGGCUAACACAUCAGCAGCAACCAACACAUAAGACAUUCACAGUAUGAUUUCAACAAAAGAAACUGGACUGGCCAUACAGUGUCAAGUUUUCCAUUGUGGCACUCUGGUUUAUUAUUUAAGACUCUUCAGCACUCUUUCCAAUAUUUGUGUAAGAAGAAUUGCAAGAAAUAACAUAUGCAACAAUGGGCACAAAGCACAUUUAUUAAAGGGAAUUAUUACAGUUAGAAAUAUUUAAUUUCUUUUAAUCUUUUCUUGUGGGCUAUAAAUGACUUUCUGGAUUUAGAAGGACUACUCCACUCCGCAAUACGGAAGCAGUAGCAGUCAUAAACAUUAUGGAUCUGUCCAAUCAGCGUCUUUUUUUACUGCAGCAUGGGACAGUUAGACUUUCCAGAUAAGUGAACUACUCCCCUUCUAGCCUCUUCCAAAAUCCAAGACUGAAUAAAUCUGAAUUGCAAUACUCAUUUGCAUAUUUGAAUUUCUCAAUAAUGACAUUUGUGGAGUAGUUGUGAACCGGCAGAGCAUAUUAAUUCCCUACCAGCAAUAUAAUUACAUCUCUAUGUGCAGGGGUGAUAAAUUGUCCUUUUUACCCUUCAACUGCAGUUUGCUCAAUGAAUUACCUUGCUGUGUAUUCAUUAGGUGUAGUGAGCUGUUGAACCCAAUACUUACUUGAACAAAAAAGGCUGUUUUCUUUUAUGGACUGCUUCCAUCCAUGGCCUUCCUAACAAGGUUUUUGAGCCCUCCGUGUUUCUGCCGACCAGAGUUUUGUUUGUAUCAACAAAGGUAAAUAACCACUGAGGGUGGCAAUAUUUCGACAGAUUAAUUAAGAACAUGUCUAUUAUAAUAUUCUCUAGUCUAAACUAGAAACCUUUAUACCAAGAAACAUUUCAUGCAUCUCCUGGGAGCAGAUUUGCUGACAUGACCUGUUUAAUUUUCAUUGUCUGACUGAUUUUCUGUGUCGUCUUCUUUUUCUUUGGGCUUGUGUGUGCACAUCUGUUUUUUCCUUUCUUUUCUUUGUUCACAUGCUGAAUUUUGGACAGACAGCACUGUUAUUCAGGCACAAUUUGCUCUUCUCUGGUGCUACAGAUGAUUCUGUUAUUUUUGUGUUGCUAUGUCUGUGUGUCUCCGUGGGCAGGAACAUAGCACUGGAGAGUGAGUGUUAUUGCUAUUUGAGCAACACGAAACACUCGAACAGGGUUUGGGACUUGCGCUACAGGUAUUUCUUUUUAUUUGCACAUCUUCUGGUUGAUUGUGUCAUUUUCACAGAGCCAGCAAAAGCAGACACUGAACUGUUCAGCGCAACAUGGUUGAUUGCUCUUAAAGGAAAAAUCCACUCGUAAGCCAAUUUUAGAUUCUGAUGUGGCAAGGAAUCUUAGAAACAGAACCAAGUAUCCCAAACAGAGAUGGCAAUAUCUUUGAAAUAGAACUUAAAAUAUAAUGUGAUUUGAAAACUGUUACAUUCUAAUAAACUCCCCAUAAAUGGCGAUUACAUCAAGGUGACAUAGACUCUCAUAUAGUCUAAACAUCCUUGUUGAAAUGCCAGUUUUUUGUGAUGUGGGAUAUGAGAGCAUGAUAAAUAAACUUUUUCCACAUAUAAUGUGACAUUUGUCCUGUACAAUGAAAUUUUAGUACAACCAAAUCUGUUAUAAGGGAAAGAAAGUGCACCUGGUUGCACUCUGGCUUCCUACCAUAUCUUGCAGGUUACUAUGAGGGCAUCUCUUGUCUACAUUCCCCUGCAGGAGAAACCAUAAAUUGAUGUUUAAAACUUGUUCUAGACUCUGGCGAGCACAUUCCAGAACUUUAAUUGUCUUCCCAUUAAGUCAUUCUUUUCUUUGAUUGGGAUAUAUGCUUGGACUCACUGUGAUGUUAAAAAACUAAAUUUCUCCUCUUCCUGAAAUACCUAGCAGAGACCUGAAGGUUUUGGGCCAAAGCUGAAUGGUACUUGGUCCAUAACUUCAUCCACCCUCAAAGAAAAAAAACUCAGAUCCAUCUGAAGAGAAGUAACUCCAGUGCAUUAUGUUGCUACCACCAUAUAUAGUUCUUUUCAUCAGAUCAUAACACAUUCCCCUAUAGGUUUUGGGAAAAAAGGACUGUUUUUAACCCCACUCCUUAGGAGGAGUAGCAAAUUGCUGUCACAUCUAGGAUCCAACCUAGUUAGACGUUCAUUCAGAUCCUUCAGUGUUGCGGCUAUGACCAACUUCAGUCUCUUUUUUUCAUCAAGUUUAAAGUAAAGUUUAGUUUUUUCCUGUUGUGAGAUUUUUUCUCCAAUUUCCUUUUUACUGCCUUCACAGUGUAAUGCUAUUGAUAAUGUUUAUUUGCAUGCUUCUCCUCACUGAUGCCUUUUUUACAAAUUCUAUCCUUUUGAUUCUUUGUACCUUGUUUGCAAACUAUGGCUUUAGCUUAAGAAUGCAAAUAAUCAAAGGUGAGGAAAGUCCAAUUUGGAAAGCUAAAUUGUGUUUAAUUUCUAUCAGAUUUAAUGCAAGUCAAGACUGACUUCUGAGAUUAAAUCAAAUGCUUUAACAAAGUAUUAGCCUGAAAGUGUUGAUCAAGGUUAGCACUGGUUCUUCUUUUUAUAUUUUUUCCUAUAUAUAUUUUUCCCACUGUAAUUGUAUAGGAUACAUGUUACAGUAUAUGUGAAAAGAUUUAAUGAUUUAUCAAAGUCUCAUUUUUAUUUUACAUCUCCAAACUCUAAAAUGUUUACGUCAUAAGAGCAUUUCAUACACUUUGUUUCAAUGUACUGGAUUAGAUAUGAAAUGGAGAUGUGAGAUAAUACAGAGAUAACAUAUGCCUCUGAAUUUCAUUUUGUUGGCUAAUUAUAUCUCAAGGAAAUUAAAUUUCUCAGUGUUUGACUACCUCCUCUGACUCAAAAAUUGUGUUAAGAGCAUGUGUAAUUAUAAUAUUCAGUCCUGCUGUUCUGUUUGUUUGAUGACAUUUAUUUAGUACAGUUGUUUCCUUCUUCCUCUCCUGCCACACACUGCCCCACUUGUUUAUAGUGUUAUUGUACUAAAUUUAUAAACUGUACAGUUCUUCCUAUGACUUUAUAACCAAUAGCGAAUUGCCUGCAAUUUAAAACAAAAUGCAUUUUUCAAAAGUUGAUGUGCAAAUAAAGACCCUACAAGAUUUUUUCCUCUCUUUCCUUAUUUUAUCAAGUAACCAUACAACAUGUUUUUUGUAUCAAAUAAACAUACAGCACGUUUGGAAAAACA